AUGAUUGGAAUGAUCAAUCGCGGCGACGACACCGUCGAGUUCUACGCGGCGGCCCGGCAAUCCUCCCUCUACAGGCAUCCGCCCGUGCGUCAGAAGUUGGAAUACCUGAAAGACGGCCGAGUUUUCCUUGACGGCGUCGCCGUGCACGAGCAGCCGACGACCGGUCAGAUGUGGCACGACUUGAUUUCGAAAAUUUUGGCGAUGCGCAUGAUGAAGAUUGAUGCGAUGGAGAAUGCCUCCGGCCCGAUGGCAAUGAUCCGGCGUCUGUCGACAAAGCUGAAGCUGACCAAAACCACCUCCAUCGACUCGGCGGUGUUGAUGAACGACCUGCACGAGGAGGUCCGCGAUCCUAGCCGAUCGGGCGGACGCCGAUAUACUGAGAUGAAAGCGCGUGGGCGGAAUCAGAUGCCGCGCGGGAGACGCCCGAUGUCGGCACCGCCGCGUCGGUAUUCAGAAGACUUUCUCGAGGAUUUCGAGUACGAGAAGCAACAACCCAUAGAGCCCAACCAGCAAUUCGUCACCCGGAUCCACAUCGAGCCCGAGCAUGAGCCUCAAUCUUUAGAGGCGACGCACCACUCCGCGCGCUACCCCGGCAUCGAGCAGUUCAGCCUUCUAAACGCCGUGUUCGCCGUCGAGGAGACGGACAGCGGCCGGGAGAGCUUUGGUAGUCCAUCGGACCACAGCCCCCGCUCCUCGCCACAGCCCCGUCCGUACGUCUGGAGUCCGCGACACGCCACUCAACACCAGCCCGUGCGGUUGACGCACAGUUGCGUGGAGCAUCUU